AUGUCUGGGAUUUACAACGAGACUCCUCCUAAUUCUCUGAAGCCCUGGCAAGUACGGGCCUUGGUGAAAGGCAGAACACCCUUACCAGAAAGCCCUGGUUGUCGACCAUGGCUGGAAACUAGCUCGACCCAAGACGUGUCUGGACGUGGACAGCAAGCUCUGGUGACUACAGGAUCAUUCUCUGCUUCACCUCCUUCAACUCCAGGGGCAGCCCUCCUCGUGUUGGAGGCUGACACGAGCAGCAACCCAGGCUACAAGUUUUGGAACCAAGACGAAAUGAAGCGGCUCAUCGACCUGAAGAGAGAGGGGAGAUCAUGGAGAGAUAUUAGCUAUCAUUUUCCUGGACGAUCUAUCGAAGCGCUCAAACAGGCAUAUCACAAGAGAAGAGCAAUUGCUGAAGAACAGAUGCGCCCGGUCGCCAAUGACAAGGAAGACCAGCCGGCGGAGUAA